UAUCAGUAUAUCGAGUCAAAGAAACACGCAUUUUUCUUGCAUGCCUUGGUGUCAAUAAGUCGCUAGAUAUAAUGACGGAGUGGAAAAUCACAGUCGCUAACAAAACGGGAGAAGAUUCAGCCUCUGGUGAGGGAAGUAUUGUGAAGUUUGCACUUUUCCAAGUACCUUCAGAAAAGGAUGAGACGAAUACCUAUCCUUGCGCUUGGGUUGUCGAUAAGGUUGCAUAUCCUGGGGAAAUUCAUGAUAUUACAUUACCAAAUGAAUUUGAGUUGGCAAUCGUAGAUGAAGUAAAUGGUAGCGAGCGAAUAACUGGCCCUUUUCCAGUUUCGUCUGGUAAAGAGGUUUACAUAACCCAAAAGAGUCGCGACGAUCCGCCGAGUCAUGAAAUAAAAGAGGGUAAAGCACUCGACGACGACACGGCGCCCAUGAUUCAGGUGUUUAACAACCAGGGAAACAUUCAGCCUCUCACAAUGGUUCUGUACAAGAAGCAGAAGAAAUUGAUAAUGUCCGAUAAAGUUGUUCCUGGAAGCUCCGUGAAUAUGAGCGUAAAACAACAGAUAAAUAUUCAUGACGCUGGCAGCACAAAUGAUAUUAACGAAGGUGACUCGUUGAAAGACCAAGGCAUAAUUACAUCCUCCACUAUGUUCAAGUUAUUACCCUCAACUCCUGGGAUCACGAUAGAUGUACAUCGGGGACCAACUGGUCAACUUUCUUUUAACUUGAGCGCCUUAUGACUUAGUAAGGGUCUCAAUAAGCACUUUGAAGAGAAUACAUAAAAUGAGAUUUCCUGCCAUUUGAGGGUAGCAUUUUUCUCCGAUUUUUGAACGACGUAA